GGAGGUUACAGUGUCCUCCUCAUUUCCGUCUACUUCCACGGAGGUGAUCGGCCAUGGUAGUGCCGCUCCGUAAUAGAAUGGCGAUCUUCCGCAUAAGCAGCGGUGAUUCGAUGACAAUCCGAAUCGCCGUGGAUGCAAUUCAACUCGUACAAAUACUAUGUUGGAAGUAGGCUACAUUCGCCGGGCGCUUAUCCCGUCGUAGCCAUUUGUCUCCCUUCGGAGGAUCUAGAUUCGGCGUAAUUACUACACCUUCGCGGCUUGACUUUCAUCCGACUCGUAACACUGAAUAAUAAUCGCACCAAUUCACCAGCUAAGAUCGAUGUAUUUCAUGUUCAUUAAUCGGAUUUUCUCAUGUCACCGAGCGCGGGACCGAGAAAAAAAAAAUCGAAGGGAAAAAUAGGAAGGUGUAAGUAGGUAGGUUAUAUCGUUUUAAAUCGUUUCUCAUUGUCCGCUCCUCGGGCAGUUAAUUGUUAUUUUCGCAUUUGAAUUCUUUCCGAGUUGAUCUCCAAUGGGCUCCUGGGUAGUGAUGGCGAUCCCAAGUAAUGUAUACCAACAACCCAAAUUAGGACACUCCGCACAAUUAUCGCCGCAGAUGGCCGGCCUGGGCGAAGCCUCGGACUGGGACACGACCAUUCUGGUGACAGAUGACUGGAUGAAGGUUGCGUCGAUGAAAGUGGCUUCAGAGAGGAGGCACAGCGGAUGGGAAUCAGUAGAGAAAAAAUGGUCGGAGAAUGCACCAGCACCUCAGCGUGCUGGCCUAAAGCCGCCAAGUGAAUCCACGAAGAAAGCCGACGAGGCUAUGGCCCGAUUUCCUUACCCGCAUAUCCCCAUCCCAACUCCGCAGUUGGAUUUUGAUUUCCGAAUGAAAGUUCUUUUGAAUUCUCAAAGUGCUUCCGUAGCUGUUGGAGAUAGUUUCAAGAAGUUAUCUACGCUUUCCGAAGGUACUUGGUCAGGACGUUUUGGAUAUGGUUUAGUUGUCAACGGGGGACAAGAGAGCCAAGAUGUUGUUCAAGAGAAUUUGACAGCAACCCAGGUGGAAGCUACUCAUCGACUACAAACUGGAGAUGAAGUACCAGCAUACAUUGAGUGCAAGAUACGAGGAAAUAUGAUUGGACAACCGGAGUUAGUGAAGGCGCUUCAAGACCCUGGAAGAUCGGGAGUGGACCCCAGAUCCUGCCGAUUCAGGGUAUUCAUCACUAUGAAAACCUCCGACGAACGAUACGCGAAUAAGUUGAAUGCUGGCAUGUGGGUCGGAAGUUGCCUCUGGAAAGGCCUUGAAAUCAUAUAUGACGUAUAUAGAAUAAGUUGACGAAAUCACAGCAUUAAAAUGCAGAAGAAUGAAUGUUCAAGGGUUAGGAAAGGGCUGGGAACGGAGGCAAAUUGCUCGCAUCGGACUUCGGAGUUUGGCGUUUUCGAUUCAGCCAAGAAAAUUCAGUAUAUUCCCAC